GUGAAUGUUUUCAAUAUGGCUGUCAUUUCGGUCCAUGACACCGUGUGAUGUUUAUGGGAUCUGACUUCUGCGGUUUUCGCGUGUGAUCCGUUCAGAUGUUUCCGUGACGGCCGCCUUACCGGAGCCGUAUCUGUGUUGUUCUGUCAGAAACGCGAUCCGAGGAACCGAAAGUGAAAGCAAAGUAAGAGAUACGAGUUGCAGUUUAACCCUUUGGUACUCAGGUGAGAAGACAGAAGCGUCUCACACACAGGGAUUGUGAAGAAUUGGCACUGAGCAGGGAAGGCUCCUUUGCCCUCACUCAGCCUUUUGUCCAGAGGAGAACUAACAGGGAUGUAAACCUGGGGCUUUAUCCACGCAUCAGGACUGAGAGAAGAGGGAGAGGUAGGGGACAAAAUGAUUUUCAUAACAAUGUGGGCUCAAAUAAAAGCACAGAAGUGACAAGGACAAACUCUGCAGCUAGUAGCAACAGACCAGUGGAAACCGAAGAGAUGGAAUUCUCAGAUUCAGAUGAUGAGUUAUUGUGCAGCCAAAUGGAGGAGUUUCCUGAACUCUUUGAUGGUAACACUGAGACGCUUACAUCACAACCCAGUUCAAGCAAAAAACGUAGCUAUUCUUGUGGCGACUGUGAUCAAGCACCAAAAUGUUUGCGGUCUGAGGGAGACUGUUCAAGUAGUUUUGAAGAGCAUUAUGUAGAUGAUGAAGAGAUGGACAGUAUUAUGGAUUCACUUCCUGAAUCGUGUUAUGGACUUUUAGGCGUAACCGACUGUAAAGAGCCAUACUGGGAGCAAAUGAACACUUUUCCGGAUGAACUUCUCCAGUGUAUAUUUGGUUUUCUUCCAAUUGUGGAUCUGUAUAAGAAUGUGAGCUUGGUGUGUCAGAAAUGGAGGAACUUGGUCAACGACCCAUUGUUUAUCCCGUGGAAAAAACGUUACCAUCAGUACCUUGGCAAUCACGCAGUCAUAAAGGUUGAGGAUAUUCUAACAAACAAUGGGAUAACGGCCGACAAUGAGCUGUGUGUCCUGAAUCUUGUACGGUACUUUGCUACCUUUGAGUGCUCCCGGACGGCAAAUCCUCAGGCCGUGCUGGUCUGUCUGAAGAGCCAUCACUUGUAUCCUAAGGCUGAGGCGUGUGUUACGUGCAGGCUCCCGGAGCUGGGGAAGACCAGUGAGGCUGUGAAUGUCUGGGCUGUGCUGGCUGUGAUUGUGCUGUUCGCCAGCAAUGUGGGGGAUAUUGUACGGCUCACAAGAUGCCUACAGCACUCUAAAUCCUCACUACGAUUAGUUGAAAUCAUGGAGGCCCUGUACUGCCUGGCAACACUAUUAUUUGCAAUGAGAAGAAAGAAGAUUCUCAUCAGUAACAGGAUUCACUACAACAUCUUCUAUUGUUUGUAUCUUAUGGAGAACUCCAGUUCAAGUGGACAAAUCUCUGAAACAUGUGGGAGCUCGAACUUUAAAAACCAGGCAACAUUUAAUCUCACCAAUGAGCAGCAGCAAAUAAUUAAUCAUGAUAUUGCACCUGGACAAGUGGUAAAAAUCAUGGCUUUUGCAGGUACCGGAAAAACCUCAACCCUGAUCAAAUACGCUGAGACAAGACCACAUCUUAAGUUUCUUUAUGUCACAUUCAACAAAUCUAUGGCACAACAUUCACAGGGCAAGUUUCCCAAGAACGUGACGUGUAGGAACUUUCACUCCUUGGCUUAUGAAAAGAUAGGAAGAUUAUAUGGAGGACUAAAAAAACUGAACCCCUCUAAGCUCACAGCCUAUUCAGUUAAUAUGAUCCUUCCUAAGGGUAGAGCGGGCUAUAUCAGAGGAAAACUCGUGGCAAAGACGUUGGAGACUUUUUUUUCUUCUACCGACGAAACAAUCGGUGAGGAGCAUGUCCCUGUGUGGGCUAAAAAUAACCAUGGAGUUCAAGAAAUGGUGUCUCCGGAAGAAACGUUUUUUGCAAAGCUUCAAGCAAUCGCAAUCUGGAACAAUAUGAAACUUCUUCAUAAAACCAACACGCCAGCUUACAAAAUGACGCAUGACGGUUAUCUGAAGUUAUGGCAGCUGGGUAACCCUCACCUCAAUUAUGAUGCUAUAUUUGUAGAUGAAGCUCAAGACUGCACCCCAGCAAUUAUGCAGGUUGUUCUCUCCCAGAAGUGUGGGAAGAUUUUUGUCGGAGAUCCCCACCAGCAAAUUUAUACGUUUCGUGGAGCUGUCAACGCGCUCUAUGAAGUACAGCACUCACAUAUAUUCUACCUCACUCAGAGUUUCAGAUUUGGGGCUGAAAUAGCUUAUGUUGGCGCCACUAUCCUUGACACCUGCAAGAAAGUGCAAAAUAAAACCUUAGUUGGAACUAAUCAAGAAAGCAGUCUUCAAGGUCAAUCCGCCGUAAAUGUUGCCAUUUUAUGUAGGACUAAUUCAGGUGUCUUUGAUGAGGCUGUCCGAGUUACUGAGGGGGAAAAUCCAUCAAGAAUCCACAUCAUUGGGGGACCAGAUAACUUUGGAUUGAAUAAAAUUCUCUCAAUUUGGGUUCUCCUUCAGCCAGAAGCAGAAAGAUCAAAACGUGGUCUAUACGUAACGGAUAAUUCCAUAGCCAUGUGGCAGAAACAAGGAGGAUACGCUGCUUUGAAAAAAUAUGCCGUCAGCGCUGAAGAGAAGGAGCUUGAAGCUAAAAUUGCUGUGGUUGAAAAGUACAAAAACCAAAUUCCUGAUCUGGUGACAAGGAUACAGAACUGCCAUACAGCAGAUCAGACAUCUGCAGAUUACACUUUAGGCACUGUCCAUAAAGCUAAAGGGAUGGAGUUUGAAACUGUGCACGUUAUGGAUGACUUUGUGAAAAUUCCGGUUGGCAGACACAACAUGGAGAGAGUACCGGUUUCAAAUGUAAUUUCAUCUGAGGAUGAAUGGAAUUUAUUAUAUGUGGCUGUAACGCGUGCCAAGAGACACCUUGUAAUCACAAAAUCGAUAGAAGACGUUCUGACUCUGGGUGGGGAGUACUUUCUGAGCGCAGAGCUGACCAGCAGGGUGGUGAAGGAGGGCAUUAUGCAAUGUGCACUUGAUCACUGCAAGAAUCCACUCCUUGAAAAUACUGCUCUGACAAUGAAGAAGACCCCAAUGAUAUAUAGUAAUGGAAAUGAAGAUAAGGGCGGAUAUUUUUGCCAUGCUUGUGUGAAUCAUCGUAUGGGGCCAAUAACUUAUUUGUUGUCUCACCCAGAUCUUGUGAAGUCCAUGGAAUUGAAGUUAGAGAACCUUGUUCUUCCCAUGCACAUUCAGAUCCUUUUAGAGGAAAUUUAAUUGUGAUGUUAAUGGUGUGAAACAAAACCGGCAACAAAGAAGGAAUUCUGUUUUUCCUAAAGAGUAGAACAUUUCCUAAACUAAUCUACAGGAAACUCCAGUAGACAUGGAUGCCCCCAGAAACUUUUCCAGGGUGAUGAACAUAAUAUCAAGGGCAGGAUGUGGUACUUAUAUUAAGUGUGACAUUGGCAUCAAGACAAACUCAAGUUGAAUGCUUCCUAUGCUGUUGGAGGAAAAUUCCUGGGGUGUUGCCCCCACUCCCACCAAAUACCCAUGCUCAUAGACUGUCCUUUUAAGAAUACCCUAACCUGGGCACUGCUGGUUUAUCACAAGAAUAAGAAACCACUGUUCAAUAUAGUUAAAGUGAUGGUAAAUUUCAGACUUGAAAAAUAUAUAUGGGUGUACAAGCAAAACCGCAUAAUUAUUUUAUUUAAAAAGUGUAUAUAUAUUUUAUAAUAAAAAGAUUUAUAAUCUUACUAAAUAUAUUCUGUUCCUCCACUCCCCUUCAUUUCUUCUUUUGGCUGGCCUGUGACAUAGAGAACAGUCCAACCCACUCUCUAGAUAGGCUUCCUAAGGGCUUUCAAAGGACUGGGCUUCAAGAGUGUCAUAUGACACAUGCACUGAUUGAAAGUUCAUUGGAAUUGUCAUAAAAAAAAAAAAGAGUUCAUCCGAGUGGGCCGGCAUAUUAUUGUAUUAGAAGCAUUACUAUAGGCACAGAUUUAACCCUUUUCACGGUUAGAUUUAAAAAAUAAAUAAAGAAGGUACACAUAUACUUAUAUUAAUGGCAAAGAUUACAUAUAAUUAGCUAAAGUUUACCAUCACUUUAAAUGACGUACAACAUGCAAAAGGUUUUGAAAUGAAUAAUAACUUUUAACAGAUCUACAAAACUAAGGGACAAUGUUUUAACAGAUUUACAGAUUUUAUUGCCCAGCAAAUGGUUCUUGAAGAUCACUUUGAGUUUCUGUUGCUUAUUAUUUCUUUAUCAUUUUAAGAGUUAAAUAUUUUCUUCAACUAUCCUAGAAAAUACAUUAUUAAUCAUGUUUUGUAAGUCGCUUGCAAAAAGUAUGUACAUAAACCAUUGUAUAUAUAAUUGUCUGUGAAUAAAUAUUAUUUAUAGAUUGCAUUUAAAAAUAAAUACAUUAAAUAUUUGCUAUA